AGGUGCUGCGUCAGUUCCAUUCCAUCUCCACUUCGUUCAUCUCCAAGUGGUAGACAGCCGGGCUAUUGAAGCUCGUACCGUCGCAAUUUAGGGCUAUCAUCAGGUCUUGGGGCGAUUUAGGAUUGAAUGUUCUUCCAGUUUCCCUAAGAUUCUUUCCACUUCUAAACAGAGUGGAUCAUUCAAGUAUGGCAGUAGGAAAGAUUCAGCACGAGGAAUCGAUUGCAGCUGGCUUAAAAUUUGUUCGUAGCACAAGCAUAAUGGGGAGGAAACGCGUUGUGUUAUCCAGAACUGUUGAUUCUGCCAAUUGUUGGCACUCUCCUAAGAGGCUGAGCAGAAUGUCGAGCAUGGAGAGACUGAAUCGCUUAGAGGCCCUGCCUCAAGAUAUCUUGGUAAAAAUACUGUGCAAGGUGGACCACAGCGACUUGAAGCAGCUUGUGUUGGUGUCUAAGACGGUCAACGGAGCGACGUUGAUCGCCAAGAGGUUGCAUUUUGCUUUUAGCACGCCGUCCUCGAAGCCCGUGUUCAGGAGACAUGAGAUCAGUGACGAGGCUCCAAACGCACCGAUGCAACAGAGGGUUGCAAAAUCGCGGCUGGAUGGUGGAAAGGUCUCGAGUGUUGCCAUCGCCCUUUUCCGUUCGCUCGAGGACGAGUGGCCGCAGAGUCAACUUGAUUCAGAGAUGUAGAUAUGUGCAGUAGGCUUGUACGUAAACAACACAUUAUAUUCUUUUGUUCUCCACUUCUAUAUAGUUUGUUUUGCACUGUGUUCUUGUAAGGCACACUUCAAGUCAUCUUCAAUCCAUUCAUUGAAGAGGAUUGGAUUUCUCCAAUGUAAGUAGCUGCUACUUGUAGGAAUUUUCUAAGGUGAAUUCUUCAUUGUCAUGUAAAAUUCUUAUAAGUGAGUGACUACUUGUAUC